CUCGUAUUCAAGAUGCUUUACAAAAAUUCUGGGAGAGCUAAAGGGACACUGAGGUUUUUCCAGGAAAAACUUCAAAGGCGGAAUGUCACUCAAGACAUCAAACACUAUGAAGAAUGCGAACAAUUAUUCAUAAGUGUUGGCAAGUCCUAUACCCUUGCAGCAUUGCUCCACUUUUUUUGCAUGUCUGAAGUUGAUGACAGGCCACAAGAGAAUAUCCCACCUCAUGAUGCAGAUUACCAGCAGUACUUUGACACAGUGUUGGAUAAGUUUGUAAAUGAGUACUUGCUGUCCAAACCAGAUUCCCAGUCCAAUCAAACAUUAGAUGAACAACUCGACCAAAUCAAGGAGUAUUCACUGUGUCUUCUUAGGUUAUUUUUCAUUUUAAAAAGCCUGAAAGAUGCAGUCAAAUUGGGUGAUGGGGAUCAGCUGGCAACCAUCCGCAAGGUAUUGUUGAAGCAUUUUAAGAGUCACAGUGGUCAUAAUACUUAUGCAAUUGAGAUGUUGAUAAGCAUCUUGUAG